AUGUCGCACCACCUUGACGAUCUGGAGGCUGACUCCAUCAGCCUUACCUCAACCUCCGUCUCCACUAGCCGAACUGAUGUAAGUCUACUCUUUCGCUUUACCCUACAAGCGGUGCCCUCAACGCCGAAAAUGUCAGCCCUGUCUUUCUGUUUUGUUUGACACAUACCUUUGACUGUCGGCUUGAGCCGCUCAAGUUGGAGGGUUGGGGGAUCUGCUAAUCUGUUCUCCUAUUUAUCAUAACCAGGCUUCUUAUGUUAUGUACUUAUCGUAUAUCAGUACGCAAGCCAGCAGUCAUCGUAAGGUCGGUGGUCAGCUAUUGGGCUCUUAGGGUGAAAAAUAUUUAUCAACGCUAACAAUUCCGUUCUUUUAAUAAAUGCUUGCCACACCCUAUGCAAAUGUCGCCAUGUCUUCCGUUCUUUGCGAUAUCAAAUGUCCUUGAGGUAUUAUGAAACCCCAAAUGGCUGUCUAGUAGGUUGCUUCCUAAUUUGUCUGGACUUUCGUUAACGACUGUCUUCACGGUCACUUAGGUAAGUUCUGUCAAUAGUAGAAUGCCGCUAAUUGCAGUCGCCCGUUGAGCACCCGGGGCAGGACCGUCGUUCGCCAAGCCACAUUUGGGUUACCAUCAGAGCAUAAGUGCAGCGAUGCAGUAUUGACGCCGGUUCCCACUGGAUUCACUCUAUGUACUGUUUCCAUGAGGGUCGGUUUUCCUUUACAUCAUCUCCAUAUUGUUGCCUGGCCCCGUUUCUUUUCAUUCUCCGUUAGCUUCAUCAAAAGACCUACGAGAAAAGUACUCUUCAGUCGUCUGCAGUGCGUUCUUAAUAACCUCAUGCCAUCUAUCUAGGCUCGAAGGUCUACCGCUAGCCGUUAACCACCACCACCAUCAUCAUUGCUGGACUCUACUCAACCAGUUAUCCUUGAGUGCUGAUUGGUAGGAGCAGUAGCUGAAGAAAAGUGCAUCUCAAGUAAUCCUUCACUUAAUGCUGGACAGCUGGAAAUCUGAACUGCUAGCCCAGAGUCGAACCAUGGCUGACUGAUGACGUCAAAUUGUUCAGAAAUAGCCACUCUGAUCCCCGUGUCUCUUUCUGUGACAACUGGCGAUUGUUAUUUGCUCUUCGCUACUGGACUGCCCUAAGGAUUGAACUGAACUCACCUAGGUCAAAUGCAAACACCCAUUUUCGUCCAGCAAUCAGGACAGGCAGGCACACGCCACUCUUACUUGACGUUGAAACUUCCCGAUUGCAGUUUACAGGACUUGGGCCUGUGGCUCAGGUGGUAGAAUGCAUGACCUUGAGAUGUUCGAUGACAAACUGAAUCGGUUUUAGCCACAAGGUUAUUUGAUCAAGCCAAGUAGGCUACAAAUGGCCAUUACAGUCUUAUUCGACUUUAUAGACAACACCUCUGGCGAAGAAUAUUUCAGCAGCAAUAAGCAGGGGGUCUUAGGAACACCGUCUUCGUUGCAAUCUCACAAAUUUGUGGGCUUACCCCGCUCCUGCAACCUACUGUUAACUUUUUCGUGAACUUCGCCUCCCACGGAAAGGUCUUGUGAUUUCACAUGAAGCGGUUCGAAGUCCAAACCGCAUUGUCUCCUGUUUGUGGAUGCCAAGUGGGUUAGGCAUUUACGUAUCCAAGCCUGUUCCUUAUCAUGGUCUAGCAACUGACUAAUGGCAAACGCACAUCACUGAAUAUCUGCAGGCGCUCCGCUAACUUUUUCUGUCCAGACUUCUUUCAAAACGUUUUGUAAUGUGAGCCAAAUAUAUGUGCCUUCGGGUGGAAUAGGAUGGUCAAUAUGUGAAAGUUAGUCUCUCGCAAUACCACUAUGUAACUGUAUCCCGUGUUUCCCCGCCUUUGAAUAGAUUCAUUAUCUGCUUCCCCGCCAUACUGGACUCCGAAGUUAAUCAAGCGGCCGUUUCUCCUACUUGGCUUACCUUUGUUCCUUUAUUCAUUUUUAAAGCGACCCUACCUAAGACGGAGUUUUUUUUAUCUGUGCGUAGGAUGGUGCCAGCUCUUGCAGUUCGGGCCCGCUGGACAACGGUACCACCUACAGCCGAGGCGAAGUCCCUGAAUUAGGAGAGGUGACUGACCCAGUGCCCAUAAAAUUGCCACAACAACGGGCCUUCUACCGCUCUCAGCCCCUCCUCGUUUAUCGAGGUCACGAUGGUGUUGUAACCGAGCUCGCCUGGUCAAAGAAUCUCUUCCUUCUCAGCACUGGCAUGGACAGACAGGUCCGGCUCUGGCACGUUAGUCGCUGCGAGUGCCUAUGUGUCUUCAGUCACAGCGACACCGUGCCCGCCAUCGUCUUUCACCCAAAGGUUAGUUGGAGAGCUGACAAAGAGGGCCGUAGCCUGGCACUCUCUUUGGUACCUCCUCCUAUCCACUCGCUUUGCCUGCGUCUUUUGUAAUUUCUCUUAUCAUCGCCAAACCGUACGCAUUCAACUGCCUCUACUCCUGUGUUGGAGGCCGAUCAUCGAUCUAUCCUGAUAUCGGGACAGAAAUUGAGGUUCGCGCUCUACCUUGUAGCUCCGCGUCUAGAGCCCAUCCUGGCUGUUUCGUACUAACGAGUAGUCGACCAGGACGGUGGGUCAGUGGACUUGCUAACACUGGAUUGCCAACGAACGCGAUUUCUAACCUCAAGCCCUGCAAACCUGAGGUUGGGUAAGAUUGGAUAACGACGACUAUUGAGCCAGAGAUGACAAUCCCAGUCUCCCCUGCCAUCGUCACUAGUCUUCUUCUUUUCCACUGAAAUGUCACUGGCAAAGAUUAAGCACAGUGAAAAUAUGUUCUCAGUUUUCUUGGCCGGUGAUACUCGAGCCGUGGGCGACGAACGGCCUGAGGUUUGUAUUCGUACCCAGUGAGUCAUUGAGCAUUUGCGAUUACAAGUGACAUACGGAUGUCGGUAGCUUUUUCCUGACCCUGUUCAUCAUGGAGGAAUAAAAUCACUACAACUGACAUACACGCGAGUUCCUCGUUCCACUUCACCCCUUAUCCUUGUCAUCUUGUCGGACCUUUGACUACUUCUCUCUCCCCCUCUCUCGUUCAUUUACUCUUCCAUAUUUGACUUGGUCGGAAGCCACCACCUUCACAAGAGUAUCUGGACUAUUUAGUUCGGUUUUGGGUUAUUUUCCUAAAUUUGCAAAUCAUCCACACCAAUGCCCGUUGUCAAUACAAGCCAACUUACGUCCCUUAGGCAGAUCGGUAUGCCCUUCGUCUGCGAGUAACCUCACUGACCAGAGCAAAGGAACCGGCAAAAUGAACUGUCUCCCUUCCGAUCUGUAUUUUCACUCGUUAUCGGUUGUGGACCUACUGGACUACCUUAUAACAGAAUUCUUCCACAUUCGGGAGGGGAGGGUUUUGCCAAAGUUAUUAUCAUAUUUGGCGUCUUCGGCAGAAAUAGCACAGUGCAUGGUCCCUCCUGAAGGUUGCUCUUGCUGUACCAUUGUCUUUCGGACUCAGCUCUAAUUGAGAUUUUUACAAAAAUUCUAUGGUCCUCCUUAAUCAUCUGAGGGACUCCCGCUUACAAUCUGUCUCCAGUCCGCAUAUACAUUCAGUAAGCAUGUUGGUUACAUUGCCAAGUGUCUCCUUAUCGCCGGCCUUGUCGACCCCUCUUCUCCAUAGGAUGACCGAUACUUCCUGUCGGGCAGUCUGGACGGGAAACUGCGACUCUGGAACAUUCCGGACAAGAAGGUGCGCUUCUGGGUAGACGCGCCCCUACCCUCAUCCCUGCCCGCUUCCGCAAAACUCUCCGCUCCUUCGGCAUCGGGCAUCUUCGAGCCAAAGACCAUCAUUACCUGCGCGUGCUUUGCCUGCGACGGCACCAAAGUGGUUAUCGGCAGCUACGAUGGCCGAGUCAUGUUUUUCAACACAGAGGUGAAUUCUCUUCACUCCCCCUCUCUCUGCAGACUUCUGUCGUUCCGCUGGUCCUCCCCCCUCUUACUACUGCUGCUGUCAUUGUGUCAAAAGACUGACGCCGACUUUUCUGUGUGCAAGGUUGUCUCCUCCUGAGCUGGGGCAUUUGUUGAACAACCUGCCGCGGUAGUUGGAAUGUGCGAUGGCUUCCAGCCAGACACUAGUUUCUGCUAUACUCAUUAGUGUCCGUGCUCUGGGAUUAAAUGGGCUGUCCUUAUAACCAGAACUUCUUUAGGUAAAGUAUAGGGUGUGGGGAAGUUCUGCAGCCCGUAAACAUGUUACCUCCCCUCUCGCAGGCGAAUUCACACCAAGCUCUCAGCAUUUGAGGUGCCGCAUCUACGCCCACCAGGUGUGGAAAUCGCUCGAUAUCCUCUCCCUCAGGACUCUCAGUGUUAGCCUAUUAAUAGUCUGAGCAACUUUCUUUGAUGAGCAUUGCAAGAAGGACAUUUAAUGCGCAGCAGCUUGAGGAUUGCGACUGUUAUCUGAUCGAGUCCUUGAUUUUUAUAAAUGGGCUUGGGAAUUUGAAAUUCAGCUGGGUGAAUGUUAUCUGUAAGGGGGAACCGAAUUGACGGCCCCAAUUCUCAUGGUGGUUCUCCAUAUUGAACCAGAGAUUUUAGUCGUCUCCGUACUUCCUGGAACCGUCCGUAACCCAGCAAUUAUCACCCUGAUGUCCGGCCCCUACGACGGACCACGCGGGAGAUGCGCGGGACCAACACAGACCAAAUUGGGUCACGGCACGCAUCGACCACGCUGCGUAGCGUCCGUGCAUCUCGCCAUUUUUCACAGUGACUUAACGCCUGAUAUGCCGUAUGAAGGUUGGACUCGACGUUUCUAGUAGCCAAACACGCCACCCGAACUAAACGCAGUUCAAUGCCAGUGCAGUCGAGAUUUUGAAUCGAGUUGAUGACAGCGAAACAUGAGUUAUCAGCCCAAGUCAUAGUUGAAGCUAGGGUUGGGCUUAGGUGGGUAUUUCGCCAGUGAAUGCCCACAUUAUUUAUAUUUUCCCACAACAACUGCCACAUCGAGGGUGUGCUGGCACGCAUGGGAGCAGGCUCACACCGCACAAGCCACUUGCGCCCGAUCCCGGCAUCAGAUGGCUGACCGGCUUGGAGAGUAGACUGCUGCCAGGGUGCGGGAAGAAAGUAAGGUCGAGUCUGGGGACUGUAUCCGAACGGCACUUCAGUCCAAAUCCUCACUAUGAACAAUCUGAUGGGCUUUUGAAUCAUCAGGGUGAGCCAAAGGUCGUGACUUAGAAGUCUACCGGCUGACGAGGCUAACACGGCCUUCUCUGGACAGAGAGUCAGGUUGCAAUGGACCCCCUCCCCCUUACUUUGGUCUCAUAGAACUCCCACUCAGAUAGGAUUCGAACCGACUGCUUCUCGUUUCUCUGAGGACCCAAUCUAUCGUUCGCGGACCAGGCAUGUGCGUGGCUUGUGUGGACGGACUGUUUUGACCUCUGUCAACCACUGCGUCCCAUCCCGCCUCCGGUUGUCCUGACUUUGUCCUCCCACCGGAACCAGGCGGGCAAAAUAGGAUGGGGUGCGACAAAUGCAACGAAAAUCUGCUGUCACGCUCAAUUCACCGUCCCUGUGCCCUCCGUGUUGUGGGAUACGGUGGACCUCGUCGUUCACGACGACCAAACUGACAUCAUCUUGGUUUGAAGGUGACCUUUUGUCGAUCUGGUUUCAGGACGGAACGUGUUCAUCCUUUUUUGCCUUGUGCCGCAACUACUUGACGGUGCGCCUUUUCACCGUUGCUCAUGGAAUGUUUUCAGGUGCCUGGAAAUCACGGGUGUUAAGAAAAGAUUGCCGUAGGCAUUAUUGCUGCAUCUUACAGCAUAAAAUGUAUAGGCUUGCAAAUAAGGGUUUAAAUCUUGAAAGACUUAUGUUUUUCUGAAAUAUAUGUGUGUAUUCAAAUCAUACUUGACAUGGUUUAAGCAGACUGAAAAAUCAUGUUUCAAGUUUCCUACUGUCCUUGUGGUUAAGCUGUCAUGAUAAAGUUAAUGUCCUUGACUAGGGAAGCGACACGACACAACAGUUCGACCGUUGUUGCCGAACAUGUUCGCUGUAUGCUCCACAAUAAGGUGAGAGCAGGAACAGUGACUUGCGCGUGAGUUAUUUUGUGGUGGAACUGGACUUACACAGCAUCCACCACACCCAUUUGUUCUCCCCCACCUGGACCCGGUGUCAACACGGAUUCGGGAAAACCGAGAGCUGGAGAAAGCGGAAGUGGCUGGCAUGGCAAAAAUCGUACCUGGACGUACCACCACACCCCUUGGUCCAAAAAAAAAACGCUUGCCAGAAUUAUGUACACCAAAAAUGGUGACGGCUCGAAUCCCAGCUGGCGUCGCGUGAGUCCGCGACUUGGCGUGCUACCACACCCCCCCCCCAAAAAAAAUUGGCAUUUUUUGUGGAUGCGCACUCCUGAUACCGUCUGCCGAACUCCGACCCAGGCUCCUUGCUGCUCCAGCGCAUCUACCCCGUGGCUCGUUCUUGGGAAGCACAUACUACUACAUAGAUAUGGUCUGUGGCAGUCUGAAUGCAGGGCAGCGUUGAUUUUCGUCUGAAAUUACAAAUAAUUUGUUAAUAAAAUAACCUAGCAACAUAUUCUACAUGAGACGAAGACUUUUCUCGUAAUAUGUUAGGUUACUGAGUGAAAUGCACAAACUUCGAUCUACCCACGCUGAUUAUCUGUUGCACUUAUUAUCCCGCUUGCAGCUAACCUACAUUACCUUCAUAAACGUGAAAUCCACAUCCAGCCGUGGUCGCCAGUGUCGCAUCACUGCUAUUGAAGUGGACCCUACGGACUCAAACAAGGUAUUUUUCGCCUUUUGCUCUCGGGUGAAAUCGCAUUUUCAUUCCCCUGGUAGGACGGUUUGAUAGCCGAAAUAAUCCUCGAAAUCAGCCGUUCCACGACCGCCCUCACCUUGGGGGAAAGGGUGGGGAGGGGGGGAGGUACCGGUGACUUGUGCACACUUUUUUCUAUUACAAGAGACUGGCGCAACAUUUAUCGCUCUCCCUCCCCCUCUCACACUUUCCUACCAUACCCAUUGUGUUACAAUAGCAGAGUUAGAUCAGCAUGAGUAGGGAAUUGUUCAGAAAGUUUUGAUCUACUUUGAAAUAGUCCCGGCCUGUGUGUAAUAAGACACAUCUCGUUUCCCUCGCUGGCGGUGUAACGAGACACACCAGCCAACUUUCACUCAAUUUAUCCGCAGUCUGAGGGAUUUCCGGGACGUGCCCGCCAUGUUCUACACAGCCUCUUGGAACCACAAGUAAGGACUGGUAGCGUUCGUGCGAAGUAAUCAUCUAAUGCAGCUAUUGCGUGGAUGUCAAUCCACCAAAGUAACAGCGCCUUUCCACACGCCCCAUUGUUGGUGUCCUGACUAAACCAGCACCAAGUGGAUUUUCGCUUACUCAAAGUGCUCGUCCUGGAAACUUAUUUUGUACUACCAUUCGUAAAAUUCUUGUUUCUGUUCAUUCGAUUGUUUUCAUAAUUAGGUGUGAUCACUGGGUUCAGGGAGCAUUCCGCCAAGAAAUGGGGUUGCCCGUUAACUAAGGACAUUGACAUGGGGAAGGAUUUGCCUGGUAGGUAAAUUGACUGGAUUUUUGCUUAGGCGACCGUUCUUUUAGCAUUCCGUCCAGCUGUCCACUCAUCGCCCAAGCACUUAAAGGCAUUGCUGCGAGGUUAUUAAUCGUUCACUUUUUGCGCUCAAAAUUAAAGCAACAUUCACAGACUCCGAUUGGGUCGGCCCCAAAAAAUAUGCCGGAUCAAUUGCAUCGAACUCCUGAUGUUGGCAAUACCUUCACAACUCUUAGCUAGUUGCACCUCUGACUGUCUUCCUUUAUACUGACUCUCAUUCUGUUCCUUAUAAUGUGACAUAUUCUAAGGGGCAAGUCUGACACAUUUAGGGCCAAGGCUGAUGAUAGGCCCUCUUAAGUUAGUACUUGAAGCUCUCGCCUAAUGUUGUAUGGUAGGAGACGACCCUUGGAUAGCAGUCUGAUUGAGUCGUUGGCAUCCUCCAAAACUUUGCAUUUUCCUGUGUUUUCAGCUUGUCCAGUACCAUAUUCAGUCAAAAACCAGCACUGAGAACUUGUAAAGGAUCUCCAGCCGCCUGACUCAGUUGUCCGUAGCAAUAGACAGUCUCUUUGGUUCCCCGAAAGCCCACGACUAUUUAAGGAUUUUACCUGCUUUUUGUCCUCGCACUUCCUACCUGUGGAUGUAUCCUAGACGAAGGACGUCUGAUUCCGCUAGUAUCUGACCUCUGGGAUGAUCUCCCAGGAGAACUGGCUCCAUGUCAGAUCAGCCAUUGCGUCUACGCCAAACCCCUGUUGCCUUGACUUUGUUUUGCCAUGGGAGCGUUGUAGGUGUGGGACAGGUGAUGUCAGUGUUGUUAAAGUGCCCUUAUAUAUCGACUUAUGCGAUAAUUAUUACUGCUUUCCUGGACGAUUGUAGUUUUCGCCUUGAGACUGAAGAACAAAUGUAUAGUCUUUGGAAGAAAAUCAAUUAACAGGUUUUCCUCCUCCCCCCGCCCCAUUUCUCCCUUUUCAGUUGCUCGUGACCUCUAAUGAUUCAAGAGUUCGCCUGAUCGAUGCCCGCGAUUACCAUACUCUCUGCAAAUACCGCGGCUUUGUCAAUGAGAGCAGUCAAAUUCGAGCUUCCUUCAGGUCAGUCUCAAUGCUUUCGGGCUCUCUCAAUACAUAUUUCUGCUUUCAUGUCACGGGCAGCAUUCUCCCACUAAGUAGUAUUUCCAAAAGCAUGCACUACCCAUUGCGCAUCUCACUGCCUUUCGGUAGGAAAACUUCUGUACGAAGUUCGCCUUUCUCGACGGUCUACGGCUGCUCCAAUUCCCCGCCCCCCUGUUUGCCUUCUUAUCUGAAAUGCUGUCAUUAACUUUAAUCCACAAUUUCCACGCAGUGUGCUUUUUCGAAUCCGAUUUUUGCAAACUUAAUUUCCUAAACUUCCGCCUCGACUGCGUCACCACUUUUGGUAUUUACAAGCCUAAAAUAUGACAUAACCGCGUGGAUCGGUCUUUGUUGUGCAGUCCGGACGAUGCAAGCCUAAUUCUGCCCACUUUCUGUGCACGUUUCGGCAACCGCACCGGUGACGUAGAGAGGUAUCCUUCUGAAUGUCAGUGCGCACUUCGGCCGCUUAGAGCUGGCCUUUCUGCCCUGACUAGUGGUUCCGACUUCCUGACCUUCUUCUUCGGCGUUCACAGCACGAUCGUCUGGGUCCAUAUUAAAAUCCAGCAGGCCGUACAGACGCCACCAAGUAUGACCCUUUUCUCGAGCGAUCGUGUCAGACGCUUGACCUCGCCCGCCUCCUUCGCCUUCUCGGUUCAGAGACAAAUGGUCACUUUUAGUGGAAUUUUGAGAUUUGAUGUCAAAUAAUAUCUUUAGCAGGGUCCAUAGCUAAUUUUAUGCCGACGUCUAUACUUCGUCACGGUCAGUCAGUGUUGGGUGUUUCUGGGACAUUUCCUCAAGCAGAGUAGCAGUUAAUGCUGUCUUGAAAGUAUUCCGAAAAUUGACGGCUACUCAUAAGCCCUCGUUUCGGCGCCGCUGAGUUUCCGCAACAGACUGUUUGAAAAAGAACGCUUAGUCGAAAUUUGGUGACAUUUCCACACAAUGCUCUCUGUCGUAUGGUCCUGAAUUCGCUUCCUAUGUUAGCUGGUGGGUUGUUGCAUUGUUCGUAGUCAAGCUUUUGAUAAUUUGCCUGGAGGUUCGUUUGUCAAAAAGCACGUAACAUCCCAGAGCAAAUUGCCUGCCUGCCUGGGGUGUGUGCUUUCUUCAGACACCAUGAGACCGCUAAGAAUCCGUGGAAAUUGAUGGCCGUCCUAUUUGUUAGUACCCACGUUACUUGACUUUGCCUUCGAUACCAAUGUUCUUGGCUGUUCCCGUCAUGCUACGGUUCACUUUAUUUCACUUCUACCAAUAUCAGCAAUUUGUAUUAAGUAUAAUCCAAGUUCAAACGUACGUGACCGGAAAACAAAGAGAGCCGAGAAUGUGUAAAUUUGGGACUUCUGCUGCUAUGGAGAUUUCCCAGAGGUACCACGCCUGAUUUAGUUGAGACUUCGUCUCGAACAAAGUACUGAACGAAACAGAAAAGUUCAUUUCUGCAGGAAUAUCAUUCCAUUGCUGGCUCGUCAUGUUUCCUUUGUCAUGUCUUACCACAGCCCAACAGCUCGGUACAUAAUUUCCGGCUCAGAAAACUGCUUCUUCUAUAUCUGGCGCAAGCAGUUGGACUUCCUAAAUGUCUCUCGCUUCUCCACCUCUCGCAAAGACCGCAACAAUUACUGGGAAUCCAUCAAAGCUCACGAUGCCGCGGUCACAGUGGCCAUAUUUCUGCCGAACCCAGGUCUUCUAUUGGACAAGCGCCUGCGUCGAUGGAAUUCGGCUCGUCGUCGGACUGGUGGUGACCUCAGGCUGCGUUCCUACCACGGCGAUGGCAAGGCAGGCAUAGGUCCCAACUCACGGCACAUGCCAUACCUCGGCGAGGUGAUAGUCUCGGCGGACUCCAGGGGUUGCAUCCGUGUCCUGAAGAAUCGUGUUCACAAUGCCGCGGUGUCAUCUGAGUCGGGGGCCACUUAA